AAAAAGUCUAAGAAAUGUACGAAAAAUUAUAAUGAGUUCAUUUCUCAGAAUUGAUGGUCUUGAAUGGAAAUAACCAAAAAUAAGUUUGGGGAAAAGUAGUAAAAAAAAUUAGGAUAAGUUCCACUAGAGCAAUGAACUAUAAGAAAAUGUUUUUUAUUUUCCAUGUCAAUUAAGAAAAUGAAGAAUAAAAACCCUGCCUUCCAGAAACAUUAAGAUGAUGAACGAUUCCCCUUGCCUACCAGAACCAUAUGUUCAUGAAGUAUAAUGGCAAAAAAAACCAAGUCCACCUAGAUUUAGUAAUCAAACUCAAUACAAGGGACAAGGAGAAGAUGUCUCCAAUCCGUAACCCGCCAAAUUCGAGAAGCUAGAAGCAACAGUGAUAGGAUUGAAAAUGAGCUACAAGAAUAUCGAAAGAAAACUUGAACUCCUAAUCAGUGGACAACCUCAAAAGCCUCAAAACGACCUCUUGAGCAACACAGGAAACAAUCCAAAGAAGGAGGAAGUUGCGUUCAUUUGGACUAGAAUGAGAGCAUUCAAGAUUUUUCCGAGUAUGAAAAAGGAAGAAGAGAAGAAGGAAGCUGACUAUCCAUCCCUCCUCAGGAAUCUGAUAGAAGCUUCUGGAGGAGCAGAAGUGGCAAUAUCAUUAUUGGAGAAGAUGAUUUUGAUAGAGGAUCUCAAAGGAAAGAUGGAGAUCUCCAUGGAAGACGAUGACAAGGGGAAAGAGAAGGAUAUCACUAUCAAGAAAACCCCAUGGGGGUUUGUAGAAUUUAUCCUAGUCAAUGAUGUAAAGAAAGAUCCUGGGCAUAUUGUCAUCACGUGGAAAAAGGUCUAGUUGACCUUCACUCAAGUGUACCAUUGCAUAAAUAUGAAUAAAUGAGACUGACCCGCAUUGCGCACCCCAACGUAGAGAACAUGCUAGUCAACAACACACCAUGUAAAGCUCUUGGGAUUGUUCGAUGCCAUACCACCCAUGGGGUUUGUUCAUUUUCUUUUUCGACUACCUCGUGAUCGACAUGGAAAUAAGAAAUGAGUAUUCAACCCUCUUUGGAAGGUCAUUCCUUGGAAGUGCUCGUGCAAGGAUUGAUGGUGUCAAUGAAGAAGUAACCCUACACAUAUGGAAGCUUCCAUACAAGAUAAUAAGGCCAAUCAACAGAGGAAAUAAACAUAAGGAGUAUCC